CGCGACUUUGACUUUCAAGACUGUUGUAAUUGCCUUGUACCAUGUCGGCAGGGGGUUGUUCGGGAGGAUCUGACGUCAUUUAAUGCUUAAUGACCCUUGCUUCUCCACCCCGUAUUGUAUCCUCUGCCGGUAAGUAGCUCUUAUUUCAGCUAUCGGGCCCGUGUCUACCUCAAUCCUCACUCAAUCCUGGGUUGAAGGCAUCGUCCAAUCUAUUUGAGUUCAGUCCUGCAAGCUUGUUAGUACCUCAUGGCAUUGGCAGACCCCACCCCCAAAUGCGAAAAGUCGUCCGAAGAUGCCCCCUACCAACUCAUCUACUGGCCAAGACUCCCCGGCCGUGGCGAACACAUCCGUCUCGUGCUCGAAGAAGCAGGGGUCGAGUACAGCGACACGGCCCACAUUUCGGACGGCAUGAACUCCGUGUUGGCCCAGAUCGACGCCGAGAACGUGGGCGACGAGCUCAACGUGCCGCCUCUCGCGCCGCCCAUCUUGAAGCAUGGCACUUUGACCAUUUCGCAGACGCCCAACAUAUUGAUGUACCUUGGGAGUAGGCUGGGACUAGUGCCGAAAAGAAACGAUGGCAGCGAUCAAGAGGUGAACGAGGAUUUGGGUGCCGUGUACAAGAUCAAUGCGCUCGCUCUGACGGCGCUGGAUGGGUUGAGCAACGAGGUGCAUGACUGCCAUCACCCUAUAGCGACAAGCCUGUACUACGAGGACCAGAAGGAAGAGGCGCUGCGGAAGACCAAAGACUUCGUCGCCAAUCGGCUGCCCAAGUUCUUGGGCUACUUCGAGAGGGUUCUGAAGGGAAACGAGGAAAAAAGAGCGGGAAUGGGGGAAAGUGUGUGGCUAUAUGGAGGCGGGUUGAGUUGGGCGGACUUGGUACUCUUCCAGUGUCUCGACGGGACAAAGUUUGCGUUUCCCAAGGCCAUGAGUGCUGCCGAGAAGGGUGGCAAGUACGUGCGUGUCUUCGAGCUGUACGAGACGGUCAAGGAGCGCCCACGCAUCAAAGCGUACCUGGCGAGUGAGAGACGACAGAAGUAUGGAUAUGGCAUUUACCGGUACUAUGAGGAGCUGGAUCUGUCGGCCGAGUAGAGUCCCAUCGACUGCUGUACCGAUUUGUUCAGAUCCGUUCAUAACUUGCUGUACACCUCACUGAUGUCCGGAGACCAGCAUCGGACAAAAGUGACAAAUAACCGUACUUGACCCCCUGUGCGAGCUUGUUCAACCGCCAGUUAGCGGUGAUGUGGAUACCCCUUCUGGCAGCUCUGAUGUUAGCGUGUGCAUUGUCCCAUCAUACGAAGCCUUCUCUCCCAAGUGCUACUGUUCUCGACAUACCCAAACCCUGGCACAAAAUUAUAUAUGUUUAGUUACUUGGAUUCUUGCAUAAUGUUACGUGUGUCGAAUGUUCUCGACGUGGGGCAUUUCACAGGUUGACAGG